CAAGGCCUUCUUAAAGAGUGUGCAGAGACGUUUCUCAAGUUCUGGGUGUUGAGGAGAACAGAGAGGGCACAAUGAGCAUCCCAACGCUGUUCCUGAUACUUCUGGCUUUCACAUCUGCAUCUGCAAUUAAGGCUAAAAAGUCAGUUCACGCAUUACCGCUCGGGAAUUCCCGGAUGUAUCCUGUAUGGAAAGAUGGAGACCCACGAUUCCAUAACUGUUGGUUUGGUGGUGAGGUAACCUUUGAUCUCAAUGAUGCACCCACCCUGACAGGAGCUAAAGCCACCUUCACCAUUAGUCUUAACUUCCCAUCUAACCAGACUGUGCGUUCUGAUGGUCGGUGGUUUGGGGUGAAUAACUGCACCAUCAAUGGAAAACAGUACCAAGAGGGGCAGCUUGUGUAUCCUGAUCAAGGUAUUCAGACUCCUGGAGUUUUUCCUGAUGGCACACCAUUCACCAGGAACCACAGCAAGAAGUCACACUAUGUGUUUGUGUGGAAGACAUGGGGACGUUACUGGCAGGUAGCAGAUGGACCUUCCUCCUCACUCACCAUUGGAACAAGCAAUGUUCCCCUGGGCUCCUAUAAUAUGGAGGUUGUCAUCUAUCACUGUCGUAGCAAGGACAAGUUCAUUCCACUUGGCUAUGCCUCAACAGUCUUCAUCAUCACAGACCAAGUUCCAUUCACCAUAUCACUUGCUCAAAUCAAUGAUGUAAACCAAGACGACCAGAGCUUCAUCCAGAACAGAGCUAUUGCUUUUAACAUCAAACUCCAUGAUCCCAGCCAAUACCUCAGUGAAGCAGACAUAAGCUUCAGCUGGGACUUUGGUGACAACACCGGAACUCUGAUCUCCAGAGAGAGGACUGCCACCCACACAUAUCUCUCUGUGGGAAUCUUCAAACCGCAGGUGGUCCUGAUGGCAAGCAUCCCCAGUGACUGUGGAAACCCCACUCCUGAUGCCUCUGUUGCUCCAGAAGUUGUCAUUAUGGCCUCCACCCCUGCUGCCGCCCCUGCAGUAAAUCCACCAGCUCCAACCCAGGAAGGAGACACACUUGCCUUGGAUGUGCCUGCUUCAGAAGCCACACCUGAUGAAGGAGAUCCCAAUACUGAUGAAGAUGUGACACCUGAAACAGACACAGAAGGAGUGGAAACUGCCUCCACAGCCGCUGCAGGAACUGAUACAGCUGCUGUUCCAGGAGAACAAGAUCCUUCUGUUGUCGAGGGUGACACUGUUGCAGAAGAAGUGGUCACUGCUGCCCCUGUGGCAACUGAAGAGCCAGUAAGUGCUGGUGUAGCUGCUGCAGAUGAAGCCACAUUAGCUGCAGAUGCAGAAGAAAAUGCGAUCGAUGCAGCUGUUCCAGAUGCAGCAGCCACGGUUCUUCCAGAGGUCACCGAUACUGUUGCUGCUGGAGUGGAGGAAGCUGUGGAGCAGGAUAAUGAGGUUGUGAAUGCGGCUGCUGAGGCUGCAGAUGUUCAACCUGAUAACAUUAUAGCUCCUGUUGCAACUGAGAGCACAGUUGCAGAAGAGGCAGCAGGUGUUGCUGAAAUGGAAGUGCUUCAGAAUGAGGCUCCAGCUGCUGUGGCAGCUGAAGCCGCAGCUGAUGGGGAAGUUGAAGCAGUGGAAAUAGAAGCAGAUCCACCACAGGUUGCUCUUGUUGUGGCAAAAAGGCAAGCACCAGAGCUGACGGCUGACUGCACCAUCUACCAUUACGGUUCCCUCUCCACAUCUGUCGACGUUAUCCAGGGUAUUGAGAGUGUGGAGAUCGUGCAGGUGUCCAAUGUUGUGUCACUGUCGACUGGGUUGGAGCAGAAUGUUGUCGAUGUCACUAUUUCCUGUCAAGGAAGCCUUCCAAAUGAAGUCUGUACAGUCAUUUCAGAUGCCGACUGCAUCACACCGCUGGAAACAGCAUGCAACACAGCUUCACCUUCUCAAGACUGCCAAAUGAUUCUUCGUCAGUUCUUUAAUGACUCAGGGGUGUUCUGCCUCAAUGUGUCAUUGACUAAUGAUGUCAGUCUUGCUGUAGCAAGUGCCAGAGUUAGCGUGACACAGGUUGCCAGUGGUUCUCCAGCUGGAACAGCUGCUAUAAUCCUGGGAGUUAUGGUUCUGGCCUGUGUUGUUGGUACUGUUGCAUUAAUGUACAGGCGUUACAAGCAGUACCAUCCACUCAUUGAAGAGCCCGUGGGCAGUAAUGGAGGCCACUCUGCAAUAACUUCAGUUCCUUUGUUAUUGUGGAACCUGCUGAGCCGACAGUCACCAGGAGAAAGCCGUCCACUGCUGCACAGGAGGGUUGUGUGAACAUUAUCAUCAGAUCACCUCCUCAACAUCUGCUAACAUAACAGCUUGAAACAUAAAGAUGCAACUGUAAUAAAGUUGGAAGUCCACAACCAAUUAAAGCAAGUAACAUGAACAACAUGCUGUAUGUAGGGAUAUAAUCAAUGAAAAAUAUGUCAGAAGAAACUGAUAUAUAUAUUUUGUUUUUAAUUCAUGGGAACUGAUAGUUUAUAGCUGAAACACACUCUUAUUUUUGUUGUUGUUUUGUUGUUUGUUUGCUUUUUUGUGAAUGGGGCUACUUAGGGAAAUCUAUAGUAACAAAUUUAAUUUCAAGUUAAUUAAAGUCUCAUUUAAGUGGUUACAUCACAGAGCAAAUGUGUAACUUAGUCACGUGUAUUUUUCCGGUUUCUCCAUAUUUACUGUAUUUUCCGGAGUAUAAGUCACAGCUUUUUUACUACUUUGGGAUAUCCUUCAGCUUAUACUCCAGUGUGAUUUAUAUAUACUGAAAAAUCACAUUAGUUAUCAAUAAUAAUGAUGGAAGUCCCUUCAGCAUCUCCCUUUUUUCACUCAGGCUCACCACAGCAGAUGAGAGGUGGAUUUAAAUAUUGAUUUGGCACAGGUUUUACACUCUAUGCCCUUCAUGGCAUAACUCCAUAUUGGAGAAUGGACACAGAUCAGAUUUGAACCAGGAACCUUCCACACUGGAAACAAGUGCACUUAACUGCU